GGCGAAGGCGCGCGGAGCGGAGCCGGGGUCCUCGAGACUCCAGCCGUCACACCGAGAGCCCAGCGGCACCGAACUGGAAGACGCGUCCGCGCCUUGGGAGGAACCGGCCGUUCUCCCCUCCGCCUCGGCCUCUUUGGCUGCUGCUGCACCUCGGCCCUGGAGCGCAGGCGUUGGCGGAAAAUCAGAGAGAGGCGUGGAUGUGUUUACAAGAUGAGUUGUGUUCUUUCCACCUUUACCUUCUGAGGGCUUCUUACCCCUCAUGGUGACAGGUGCGACACAGAAGGGCAGUAUGAAGCCAGUGAAGACAAACAAAGCAGAAGAACCUGAAUUGGAGCCCCUGUGCUGCUGCGAGUACAUAGAUCGAAAUGGGGAAAAGAACCACGUGGCUGCCAGUUUGUGUGAUUGCCAAGAUCUCGAUGAAGGGUGCGAUAGAUGGAUUACAUGUAAAUCCGUGCGGCCAGAGACUUGUGAAAGAAUCAUGGAUACGAUUUCCGAUCGCCUCCGAAUUCCUUGGCUUAGGGGAGCCAAGAAAGUUAACAUUAGCAUCAUCCCCCCACUCAUCCUACUGCCUGUCUUCCUCCGCGUGGCUUCCUGGCAUUUCCUCCUGGGGGUGGUGGUUUUGACCUCCCUUCCUGUGCUGGCUCUGUGGUACUACUACCUCACUCACAGAAGGAAAGAACAGACUCUCUUUUUCCUGAGCCUCGGACUGUUCUCUCUGGGCUACAUGUACUAUGUAUUCCUGCAGGAAGUGGUCCCCAAAGGGCGUGUGGGGCCCACUCAGCUGGCGCUUCUUACCUGCGGGUUAUUUCUGAUACUCUUAGCCUUGUACAGAGCCAAGAAGAAUCCAGGCUACCUCAGAAAUCCAGCAAGCAGUGACAGAUCUCUCAGCAGCCGCCAGACUGAAUGCCUGAACAGAAAAGGGCAGGAGAAGACCAAAGGGUUCCCGGGCGGGGAAUCGUCCGUCAGUCUCAACAAUCGCACGCUGAAGGAUGAUCCUAAGGGCUCUUCCAGAGCCUUGGCUGGAAGCCCUGCCAGGGUCAAGGAGGACUGGUGUGCCAAGUGCCAGCUGGUGCGACCAGCCCGGGCGUGGCAUUGCCGGAUCUGUGGCAUCUGUGUGAGGAGAAUGGACCACCAUUGUGUCUGGAUAAAUAGCUGUGUUGGAGAAUCAAAUCAUCAAGCAUUUAUACUUGCCCUUUUGAUCUUCUUGCUCACCUCGGUGUAUGGGAUAACACUGACCUUGGACACCAUUUGUAGAGAGAGAAGUGUCUUCACAGCUCUCUUCUAUUGUCCUGGAGUUUACGCAGAUUACAGCUCAGCGCUGUCCUUCACCUGCGUGUGGUACUCUGUGAUCGUCACGGCGGGCAUGGCCUACAUCUUCCUCAUCCAGCUGAUAAACAUCAGUUACAACGUCACCGAGAGGGAAGUGCAGCAGGCCCUCCGACAGAAGACAGGGCGCCGGCUCCUCUGGGGGCUCAUCGUGGACACAGGCCAGUACAACCGAGGCUUCCUGCGGAACUGGUACCAGUUUUCCACCCUGGGUGCCCACCCCUUCCAGCACCCUGCCGAGGACAUUGUCUGAAGUGCCUUCCAUGUGGCCCCACGAGGGGCAGCCCCUCCCUCUGCUCCCUCCCACUGUACACGUCAGUGUCCACACAGGAUGUUCGUUUUUAUCCCAUUUUUUAAAGGCUGUAUAGGGCCAUGCUCAGGUUUAGACAUUGGACUGGGAAGAAAUGAAUUUUCCUGACUUCAACCUAAGAGAUUUUUAUAUCGAAGCAAAGUAGAGCCAUUCUUUUCCAGUCACCUUGUUAACUAACUCCAUCACCAUGUGCGAGAGGAUGUGGAUUGCUAGUGCACAGAUUGACAGAAGCAGUUCCCAUCCAUUAGUAGGGGAAAGCGUUUGGAUUACGGUAGUUUCCAGUCUCUCUUUCAAUUCCUGAUAGCCAUGUGACCCUUAGUUGAGUCACCUCCCCGAGUCUCAGGUUCAUCUGUAAAGUGGGGGUACUCGUGCCUGCCCUGCUUACCUCACAGUUGUAAGGGUCGUGUGAGGGAUGAGGUACGUGGAAAGCACUGGAAAAUGACUCAAGCACUCAACAGGUAUGAAGUAUUAGGAAAAUUCUAAGACUGAGAAAACUGUUUGUAGAUCAGAAUAUUGAAGCCAAAACUAUUAGAGUAAUCUGCUUUCAGCAUUUCAGAAUGAAAGAUCCUGAAAUACCACAUUGUACAGUUACGGCAGUUUUACUCUCUGAAGUAUUAGACAUUAACUACCCAAAUGGGGUAGAGGAUGACCAGAUGGAGUCGGACAAUCAUGUGGUGUGGAAAGGACAGUUGAUAACAAUUACAGUUACUAGUAGUGUAAUAUAUGCCGGUCAUGAGUUUA